AUGGUGAACUGCACGGGAGUGACACAGUUCAUCCUCCUAGGCCUAACUCCCAACCCGGAACUGCAAGUUCCUUUCUUCAUCAUGUUCACUCUCAUUUAUCUCAUCAAUGUUGUUGGGAACCUGGGGAUGAUUGUGUUGAUUCUCCUCAACCCUCGUCUCCACACCCCCAUGUACUUUUUCCUCGGAAACCUAUCUCUAGUGGACUUUGGAUACUCCUCAGCUGUUACUCCCACGGUCAUGAGUGAGUUCCUUACAGGACAUAAAGUGGUCUCCUACAAUGCUUGUGCUGCUCAGAUGUUCUUUUUUGUAGCCUUUGCUACUGUGGAGAAUUACCUCUUGGCCUCCAUGGCUUAUGAUCGCUAUGCAGCAGUGUGUAAGCCCCUCCAUUACACCACCACCAUGACUACUAGUGUGUGUGUUCAUCUGAUCAUAGGGUCCUAUACUUGUGGUCUCCUGAACUCCAUGUUUCAUGUGGCAGACAUAUUUAGUCUCUCAUUUGGAAAAUCCUAUGUGGUCCACCACUUCUUCUGUGAUGUUCCAGCUGUCAUGGCUCUUUCUUGUUCAGAUACUCACGUUAGUGAAGUGUUUCUGGUUUUUUUGUCAAGCUUUAAUGUCUUUUUUGCUCUUCUGGUUAUCUCCAUCUCCUAUCUGUUCAUAUUUGUCACCAUCUUGAAGAUGCACUCAUCUCAGGGACACCAAAAGGCCUUGUCUACCUGUGCAUCUCACCUGACUGCUGUCUCCAUUUUCUAUGGGACUGUCAUCUUCAUGUACCUCCAGCCCAGCUCCAGUCACUCCAUGGACACGGACAAAAUGGCAUCUGUGUUUUACACGAUGGUCAUCCCCAUGCUCAACCCUGUGGUCUACAGCCUGAGGAACAAGGAGGUCAAUAGUGCAGUUAAGAAGAUGUUUGAGAAGGCAGAAAGUUCUGUAUAA